AUGGAGCUCGCAAAAGUGAACUGUGGCUGGAAGGGCUGCUCGAAUGCGUUCGCUUCGAUUGAAGGGAUGAAUGUGCACGUCCAGGCGGACCAUAUGGUCUAUCGUGUGCUCGUUCAGACUGAAUAUCAGGGAAAUUCCCAUGUUCAACAGCCAUACGAUCAACAACAACAGGCGGCUAGAGCGGCUGCUGUUCCGCAAAUAAUGCAUGUCAAAGAAGAAGCACGUGCACAGGAGACAACUCCACCACAAAGUCCAUUGGAGCUUCAAGGAGGUGCUCCACCAGCACCAGCAGCACCAGCAGCUCCACAACCGAUUGCUCAUCCUUCGAUUCCACCGUACUCUCCAAUGACAACUCAUCCAGCACAGACGCCGUCUCUCGUCUUGGCUCCACAACUCCUCCGUACCCAGAAGCUCCGGGUGCUACUCCUCUUGCCACCAGCAGCGUCAUCUGGGGCAUUGAUUCUGAAUACACCACCACCGGCUGACGUCACGCUUGCUGCGUCUGGAGACUUCUCGAGAGGAGGAGCCACGUCGUCGUCUUUGACUAGACGUAUUUCGACUGGGGGAGGUAGAGGAAAGAUUGAUAAGAAGAAUCGUAAUUAUCACUCGAAGUAUUGGAGCUACACUGAUCAGGAGAGCUACCGCUGCAAUGCCAAGUCGUGUGGCGCGGAAUUUAGCUCCGCCAAUGCCGUCCGUCUGCACUGGAACGCGAAUCACGAGUUGGCACCGAUUGAGAAUCGCGCCGCCCCAUCGACCUCAAUAGUCCGUGCUCCAGCCUCGCGUAAGCGUGCCGCCGGAGGAGGCGCCCGUCGUUCGGCCUCUGGAAACCGUUCUGGUACCAGGAGACAGAGAUGCAAUCGUGACGGAUGCACCAAAUAUUUCAUGUCCAAAAAAGCGCUCGAAAAUCAUAUCCAGGUGCUUCAUGCUGAUCAGGAGGAAGAGCAGGGAGGCUUGGAUCAGCACAGCGAUGACGAGGAGUUUGAGCACCAGCACGUGGUGGCUUCAGAUGAUACCGAGCACGGCGAUGAGCAGCAUGAGCAGGAGCUUCACAGAGGAGACGAGUAUGACCAGGAGGAGGAAGAGGAGGAGGACUUGCAGCUCGGACAAGAGGCUCAAAUUGCCUGA